UCAAGUAUGCACAGGGCUGCUCACUCCCGAGAUCUAUUUAUGCAAAGCAGACUGAGUGGGGUGGGGGGCCCCCGUACGAAGGGGCCCACACUCAGGAGGCCUUUGGCUGGAAAUCUGUGCAUCAGCUCAGCUGUUUUCUGUCACUGGAAGUUAAAUAUUUAUUUGUUCCUUGUCCGUCUUUUUCCUACCGCUGGAAUGACUCAGACCUCUUCUUCAUAAUCAGCCUGAAUAACUGGGUAGUCCAGAUUUCCCCGAACUCUUCCACCCUCCUCUAAUCCCAGUCUCAGUCAUCUCUGUCCCUCCUGCUUGUUUUUCGACGCUGGUUUCCCCCGAACACAUCAGGACACGGAGUUUAACAAAAAAUGUCCUGGACGUAUGCAACCCUCCUGGUUCUCCUCGCAGUGCUGCUUGCGUUGAGCUUGUCUCCAGAGACAGCCGAAUCUGCAGCUGCGGAUAGCAGCACGAGAAAUGUAAAAAGUCCAGCAGGUCAGCUGAGGAGGAUCUUCAUGAAAGAAGCUGAUGCCUCCAACUUCUUCAGGAAGCGCAGCAGGCGAGCUGUGAAAUCCCAGGACGAGAUCAACGCGGAGCAGAGGCAGGUUUUGGCUGCUGACGAGCGAAAGAGGGAGUUUCACGAGGAGAAGAGGAAUGAGUUUGAGAGCUAUGCCGAGGAGGACAAUGACGGUACGUGUCACACGUAGUACAGAUGCAGCGGAGGCGGGGAGGAAGAGGAGUUUAGACAACUAUAGACACAUUUUUGCAGCAUGGCGUUUUAGGUAAACUUAUUUAAAAUCUUUCAUUGCUUCAUGUUUUCUUUAGGGUUGCACCGAUUGCAGAUUUCUGGCCGAUUACCGAUCUUUUAAAAAGCCUGACCUGCUUUCCGAUUCCGAUUUUGGCCCAUACCACUUUGUUUUGUCUGAAACAUCUACCUUUGCCGAGGUAGAUGAGAUCGCUGGAUAAGAUCAGCCGAUCACCCAAAAUUACAGAUAUCGGCACAGAUGCACCUCUACUUUUCUUCUAAUCACAUAAAAUAAAACACGCAAGACUGGUGAAUGUUGUAGAGUUCUUGUAUUUACAGCAAGUAUACUUCCAAAAUCUUUGAUACUCACCACAUCUUUUGUUAUUAAAAGUUGGCAAAACCUUAUACACUGGCCAUGCACUUGUUACAUUUCUGGACUGCUUUUUUUUUCUUUUUUCUUUUUAAUUCCACAUUCAUGUUGAGUGAUUAAAGUUAAGUAGAGAAAGCACAAAGAAAAUACAAAGACGGACCCCUUUCUCUUCUUUGUCAGAGGCAGUUUUUACAGAGCGACAGAGCAGGAGGGGAUGAGGACGGAGUCUUUCAGCUAAAUUCAACAGGCUGGUAUGAAAAGCACAGUGAUUAAACACAGAGUGGAGCUGUUUCUCAGAGCAGCCACUUCAGGAGCGGAAGCAGAGCACGGGGGAACAAAAUGAAGCAGAAACACCGUCACAUCACUGGUCGUUCUCCACAUCCCGUCAUGUUCCAGGUUUACCGAGAAGAAACAUAGUGUCAGGAAGUAAACGUCUAUCCCUGUGGCACAUGGGGAUAAAAAAA